GUUUUGGUAAAAACCUAUUUCCGGUAGUAAAUGUGUCUGUGCAUGACUUCUUACACACGUGGGCUAAGAUAGAAGUACACCAUGGCUGCUCAAGAACCUAAUAUGAUGCAGGUGCAGGACAAGUCUAUGUGGAGAGCACUUCUUUUAUCCUAUAACAAAUUAGGAGAGGAGUGCUUCGUGGAUUGUGUUCAUGACUUCACUUCAAAGAAACCCACCAAACCAGAGACGAAGUGCGCAAAUAAUUGCUUACAGAAACAUGCCAGGGUGACCCAGCGUAUUACUCAGCGAAUCAGUGAAUUCCAGAUGACUAAGAUGGAAGGCAUGGAAGCCCCGACAGCACAAAGAUGAUGAAAAAUAACUGAUAUUUAACAUUUAUCUAAUUGAACAAUACACACCACAGUGGAGAAAGUGACCCUGUCUGCCAUUAACAGACAUGUGCUGUGAUGUACUAGAUACAUUCUAAAUGAAGACCUGUUUCUUUGGUACAGAGAUGUAUCAGAUGCAUUCUGAGCCCACUUGGCAUUAACAGAAGAAUGAAUAGGUCUAUUGUACAUUUCAGUUCAGUUUAGUAUUUUGUUGCUGUUGUUUAAGUUCACAUUUUGUGUACAUGGAAGUUCCGAGUUAUUAGUAAUAAUUGUGAUCAAACCUUUUUUAGCCCACCAUCAUCUGAUGGUCCGUGGUCCGUGGUCCGUCCGUAAACAAUUCUUGUUAUCGGUAUUUCUCAA